AUGAUCGUUGAUAUUUUGUCUCUUAUCUACGGUAUGCGCGCCGUACAUAUUUUGACCCUCGGCUUGGUCGCGAACUGGGCUGCUGCAGCCCCCGCUCAAAAUAUCGCCCUCGAGAAAAGACAGACGAUCGGCGUGAGCAACUGCUGGUGCUGCGAGAUAGCCCUGCAGCCACAUGGGAACUUCUAUGGCGCCGGGACGGGUUGUAAGGCUGGUGUCGCUACAUGCGAUCCGGCACACAAGCUCUGCUGCACCGCUGCAGUCUUCCUGCCUUUCGUCGCCUGUAUAGGACCGGCCCAUAGCGGUGGUGGUGGUGGGAAUGGUGGUACUGGUGGUGGCGGUGGAUGA